UUAUACGUAUAGGAAGAAAGAUGCACAGAAUAAGCAAAGAAUAGUUAGCCUAGGCUUAGAGAAUAGCUGAGUGUUGUAAUAGUAAAGGGGAUUAUUAAAGGUAUUGCUGAAUACUCAUAGUUCGGAAAAAUGUUGAGGAUAUGUACCAAAAACAUCUUGGAACGGCAUCCUGUCAUUAUUUCGCUGCACAAUGGGAUAUUUUUCAAGCAAUGUGGAGUAAUUUCAACCUGUCUUAAGAAUACAGCCAAAACGCAUUGUGCCAUUUAUCAACUACCCAGGUUAAAUAAAUUCUUACAGUCCCAUCAACCAAUCAGAUCAUUUCUUACAGCUGUGUCGGCAACAGGUUUCAAUGAUUAUGAACUAGGACUAAAACAUUUUCAAUUGGAAGUUCCAGAAUAUUUCAACUUCGUUCAGGUUCUUGAUGAAUGGGCAAAUAAAGAAAAGACUGGUGAAAGAAGAACAAAAAACCCAGCGCUUUGGUGGAUCGAUGACCAUGGAGAUGAAAUAAAAUGGACAUUUCAAGAUGUGCAAGUAAAAGCGAAAAAAGUUGCUAAUAUUCUAGACAAAGUUUGCCAGGUGAGAAAAGGAGAAGUUGUGAUGCUAAUCCUUCCACGGGUUCCAGAGUGGUGGCUCUUUAAUGUUGCAUGUCUACGUACAGGAACUGUGUUGUGUCCUGGAACCACGUUAUUACGUGCAAAAGACAUAAAGCGAAGACUCUUAGAUUCCAAGGCAACUUGUAUUAUCAGUGAUGAGAGUGUGGCACCCUUUGUUGACCAGGUGACUGACGAGUGUCCAGAUCUUAAGAGUAAACUAUUUGUAUCCCAGUCCAACGAACCAAGAAAUGGUUGGCUUGAUUUUAGAAGUCUUUAUGAAGAAGCUUCGGAAGAACAUGAAUGUGUAAUGUCCAAGAGCUCUGAUCCUACACUUAUUUACUUCACAAGUGGUACUACUGGACUACCAAAGAUGGUAGAACAUACACAAGCUAGUUACGGCCUUGCACAUGUCAUCACUGGAAAGUACUGGUUAGAUUUGACUUCGAUUGACAUCCACUGGAAUUUAUCUGACACAGGUUGGGCUAAAUCAGCGUAUAGCAGUUUCUAUGCGCCAUGGAUUCAAGGUUCAUGUAUUUUUGUUCACGACACUCCAAAGUUUGAUGCAAUUAAGAUGUUACAGAUUUUAGAUGAAUAUCCAGUGAGUACUCUCUGCGGGGCACCAACUGUGUUCAGGAUGCUUGUGCAAGAAGAUUUAAGUCAGUAUAACUUGGAUUCACUACGUCAUGUUGUCAGUGCUGGUGAACCUUUGAAUCCUGAAAUUAUUGAAGAAUGGAGAAAAAGAGUGGGACAUGUUAUCAGGGAAGGUUAUGGUCAGACUGAAACAGUUAUAUUAUGUGGUUCCUUCAGAUGUCUGCCAUUGAAACCAGGUUCAAUGGGUAAGGCAGCACCUGGUUACGACCUUUGUAUAGUUGAUGAUGAUGGCAAUGAUCUGGGGACAGGUCAAGAAGGUUGUGUAGGAGUUAGGGUCAAACCUAAUAGACCUGUUGGACUGUUUACAGAUUACAUUAAUGAUCCUGAAAGAACAGCUUCUGUAUUUAAAGGUGAUUUCUACUUGACUGGUGACAGGGCUUUGAAGGAUGAAGAUGGUUACUUCUGGUUCGUUGCUAGAGAUGAUGAUGUCAUAACAUCUGCUGGAUACAGGAUUGGACCAUUUGAAGUUGAGAGUGCCCUCAUAGAGCAUCCAGCAGUUGCCGAAUCGGCUGCAGUUAGCAGUCCUGACGAGCUCAGAGGAGAGGUUGUGAAAGCAUUUGUCGUCCUUGCAAGUAACUACAAAGUUGAAAAUUAUGAAGCUCUAAAAGAGGAACUAAAGAAGUAUGUGCAGGAUACAACAGCACCUUACAAGUAUCCAAGGAAGGCUGCUGGACUAGGUGCACAAGGCAUAGCUCUUUCUGCUGCUGGAGGUGCUGUCCAAAGAGGACAAGAAAAUCAAGAGAAGAAGAAAGAGAAGUACAAAGAGGAACAAGAACAAAAACCAAAACAAGAAGAAAAGAAAGAAGACAAGAAGAAGAAAAAAAAAUCGAUGGAUUUACUAGGAGGAGCAUUGGUUGCCGUUACAGCUGUUACAGUUGGUCCGUAUCUAUUGGGUUUUACUGGAGCUGGCAUUGCAGCUGGAUCCAUUGCAGCAAAACUCAUGUCGGCUGUAGCCGUAUAUAACGGAGGAGGAGUUGCUGCUGGAAGUACUGUUGCCGUACUGCAAUCGGUAGGGGCUGCUGGACUAAGUGCGCAAGGCAUAGGUCUUUCUACCACGGGAGGUGCUGCAGUUGCACGUGGAGCAAAUAUUCUCUUGCAAAAAUUCAGAGGAGGAGGCAAAGAAGAAAAGAAAGGAGUGAAAGUAGGUGAUGUGGAAAAAGAAGAAAUAAAAGUGGAAAUAGAUGAAGUAGAAAUUGAAUUUGUUGAGAGCCUUCCAAAAACUGUAAGUGCCAAGAUUCGGCGAGUGGAAUUGCGGAACAAGGAAUGGGCCAAAUACUCGCAGAACAAUGAUUGAGCCAAAAGUUUGCCAGUAAUGGAACAAAGAUUAGACCAAAAAAUUGAUGAACCUUAAGUAAUCAUGAAACAAUGAGUGGGUCAAAUUAUUACAAAAACUACACGAUGCAAAAAUGAGGAGUGGGUCAAAUAAUCAUGGAACAAGGACUUAGAUAAUACAGUAUGCACAUUAAGCAUGGUUUCCAUAAAAAUCACUACAAGCUGUCACCGCCUAAUUUUGUGACGCUGAUUGGUCAGUUGAAUUGGGGAGAGUUUCUGAUUGCGUCAGGGACAGCUACAGUGCAAGGAUUGCAGUGAAAACGCUGUAGCGACUAUGUAGCAAUUCUAUGGAAACCUGUCUUUACUGUCUUAGUUCAUUAUUGUUGGUGCUAUGACCAUAGCAUAAUCAACAUAAAGUUCCAUAUGAAAAUAACCUAAUAUACAGUAUUUUCACUAUCAAAGAGGCUUUACUGUCUUAGUUCAAUAUUGUUGGUGCUAUGAUCAUGGCAUAAUCAGUAUAAACUUCCAUAUGAAAAUAACCUAAUAUAUUUUCACUAUCAAAGAGGCUUUACUGUCUAAGUUCAUUAUUGUAGGUGCUAUGACCAUAGCAUAGUCAAUAUAAAGUUCCAUAUGAAAAUAACCCAAUAUACAGUAUUUUAACUAUCAAAGAGGCUUUACUGUCUUAGUUCAUUAUUGUUGGUGCUAUGACCAUGGCAUAAUCAGUAUAAACUUCCAUAUGAAAAUAACCAAAUAUAUUUUCACUAUCAAAGAGGCUUACUGUCUUAAGUUCAUUAUUGUUGGUGCUAUGACCAUAGCAUAGUCAAUAUAAAGUUCCAUAUGAAAAUAACCCAAUAUAUAUCAAAGAAGCUUAUACUUAGGUACCUUUAACAGUAUAGAUGUAAAGAAAUAGUUGGAUGUCCAGUUACUUUGCAUAUUCAAGGCUAUUAUAUAGCUAUGCUAUUUUGUAGGACAAAAUAUAAUUUAUAUUUUUGUUAACCCAAUAGAGUUUAAUAUAGCAUAAUUUUCUGCUCUCUUUCAUAGUACAGAAUGGGUGUAUUACUCUAUGUACUGAAGUGACUAUGAUUUUUGCCCACCCUAGAUAUUUGAUAGUAUUUUUUAUUUGAGAGCACUUGAAAAUAAAUAUAAAUAAUAAAUCAUUUGAACAUGUCCGACAGUAGGGUUGGAACCAAGGGGCUGACUAGAGCCUCGAUCAGGGUCCCGGAAUAAAAAUUCCUGGUAGGAUUCUUGGGGAGAGUUUUCAUGGCUUAGUAUGGCCCAAAAUUGUGCUUUUAGACCACAACAUUAGCGAAUGGCAAUCAAAAUAGCGUUUCUGAUAGGCAAAUUAAUAUUUUAAUAUCGGUGUGGCAUGGGGCGCCACUACUGUGUACGAUGUGUGCUAUAUCAGUUAUUACGCCUUCAAUUUUUUGGUAAACGGUGCAGUGAUGCUCUUUGUGUUAAUGAAGAUUGGAUAAUUCUAGGUUCACAGUUAUUAUUUUGGCAUUCUGUUGUGAGUGCCUUGAGCACUGUAUCCAGUUGGUACAGAAUAUGGUCAUCUUAUUACUGGGUAAUAAAUGGAAGGUUAUAUAAUAUACAAGAUAUAAUAU